AUGCCAACUGUUCAGCCAUACGAGGGGGACCAUUACCUGUGGAACUAUGUGCCCAAUCUUCCGGCAGCUAUUGUAUUCACCGCUGUAUUCACUGCCUUGACCAUAGCUCAUACUUGGAGGAUGGCCAGAGCAAAAUUGUGGUUUUGUUCCGCUUUCGUCAUCGGCGGCAUCUGUGAGAUUAUCGGGUAUGCUUGCCGAGCAGGCGCGUAUAACGCUACGGGCUCCUUAGCACCCUACCUCAUCCAGGCUAUUUUCCUCGUGUUAGCGCCCGUCUUCUUUGCCGCAUCGCUGUAUAUGGUAUACUCCCGCAUCGUACGCGCAGUUCAUGGUGAAGCAUUCUCACUGAUCUCGCCUCGCUGGACGACAAUCAUCUUCGUGACCGGCGACUGGACUUGUUUGAACGUUCAAUCGGCGGGCUCUGGAUUGACGAGUCACCCAAAAAUCGCAUCUAUAGGGGACUAUAUCAUCGUUGCUGGGUUGAUCCUUCAAGUUCUGCUAUUCAUCGGCUUUCUGGUUUGUUGCGUCAUCUUCAACAAGCGGUUCAGUGCGCAAACGGCCAAGACUGGAGCUACAAGUAAUGUCCCCUGGCGAUCGCGUCUGUACAUGCUCUAUUUGACGUCUAUCUUCGUGUUGGUACGAAACAUAUAUCGCAUUGUUGAGUUCAUGAUGGGCCAGCAUGGCUUUCUUCUGGAGCACGAGUGGCCGCUGUACGCCUUUGAUGGAUCCCUCAUGAUCCUGGUCAUGGUCGGCUUUUUCGUCUGGUACCCUGCUCCUCUGCAACCGAGCUCCAGAGAGUCGAUGAUUGAGCUCACGAGUGCCAACUCAGUGGAAGAUGAGCCAAGUAGAGUCCUUGUUAUUGAAUCUGUUGCAGUAUCAAUUGCCAUGUACUGCUUGAUUCAAUUCUACGUCCAGGUGAAUAAGGAUAUGACACAGUAUAAGCCGUUUUUGAAAAUCACCGCAAUCAAGCUGGUUAUUUUCUUGUCCUUCUGGCAGACGACUGUGAUUUCCUUUCUGUCAUCGUCCGGCGCUAUCAAGGUAUCCGAAAAAUUGGCCAACCAAGACAUUCAAAUUGGUAUCCCGAACCUUCUCCUCUGUAUCGAAAUGGCUCUCUUCGCCAUACUUCACCUCUUCGCUUUCCCAUGGCAACCAUACCGCCUGAAGGCACAGCAAGCAUCCGACGAUCCUCAGUACAUCAACGGUCAAAUCGCUUAUCACGGAGGAUUCUUGGGACUCAAGGCCUUAGGCGAAUGUUUCAACCCAUGGGACCUCAUCAAAGCCGUCGGUCGUGGUUUCCGAUGGCUCUUUGUCGGCUACAAGACACGCACGAACGACCCUAGUUACAUGCACCAGGACGACAGCGCAUUCUCUCUCAAGACACCCACUGCAACCAACCCGCAGACGAGUAUACCAGGACCGAAUGUGACCGCGUAUGGAGGCGCAGCCGACACUACCUAUCAUCCCGGCAACCAAUACGAAACCGCAAGUGACGAAGGUCAACAACUCCUUUUCCAUGCACAGGGCAACCCGAGCUCCCCCUACCCACCGCAAAGGGGAGCAGCGUUCGAUACGCUCUCAGAUGAGGAAACUGGUAGUACUGGCUAUGGCCACGACCCCAACCGCUACUACAACCACGUAUACGACAACGAUGCCCCGUCGAUGAACGAUCUAACAGCAGCCGAGCCGCGACCCAUAUCCCCUCAACCAUAUAGGGCAUAUCAACCACCGCGUAGCCCGUACGAAGGGGCUUAA